AUGAACGGCGAAAAGAGUGAUAACAAAGUGGUCAUCAACAAGAAUAUCUUCUGGAAAAGGAUAAAACGACUCUAUGAAGCAUGGGAAUCCGGUGAAAAUGGGCUUUCCGAUGUGGACGCUAUUUAUUGUGUCAUCGGAUCGGAUGAGGAUGCAAGCAAUUACUGCAAAAGCCAAUACUUUCAAGUUUGGCUCUAUGGUAUGGACAUGCCGGACACUUUGAUGGUGCUUACAAAGAAAGGUGUUUGGGUGCUCGCCUCGAACAAGAAGGCUGAUUUUUUCAAUCCUGUAGCUGCUGAUUCGUCUCACGAUCCGGUUCCUGAAGUCACACCGAUUCAUCGGAAUAAGAGUGACAAGGACAAAGAAAACUUCGAGAAGCUUGUUGGAUACAUUAAAGACGCUGGGAAUCGAGUUGGAUGCUUUAUCAAAGACAAAUACAAGAACGAUUUCUGUGCCGAUUGGUCGAAAGCAGUGCAAGGCUUUGAAAUGGUUGAUGUGUCGAACUCCUUUUCGCGUCUCUUUUCCGUCAAAGACGAAGAAGAGGUUGAGUACUGUAAAGAGGCUUCUCUAGCCUCGUGUAAUGUGUGGAACCAAAUGCGCCGAAAGUAUGUCGACUACAUCGAUGGUGAUAGGAAAAUCAGCCACAAGAAAGCAUCGGACGAGGUGGAAACGCUGACAACGAAUCGACAAGUGCAAGGGGUUUUGGCAAAACGAAGCAUUGAACAAUCGUACACACCAAUUGUGCAAAGUGGUGGCCAGUACUCGUUCAAAUGGAGCGCCGAGAGUACGCCAAAGAAUAUGCAUUUCGGAGUGAUCAUGACGACGUUCGGGUGUCGACUUGAGUCUUACUGCUCGAAUUUGUCCCGCACGAUGCUCGUGGAUCCAAGCAAAGAGUUGGAAGGAGUCUACGAGAAUGUUCUACUCAUUCAAACGGCUGUCAUUGAGGCGUUGAAACCUGGAAGAAAGCUUUCGGAAGUGUACCAGAUUGGUAUCGACGCAUGCAAGAAACAAGACGCUUCUUUAGUGGAUAAACUCUUCUCCAAGGAAUUCGGUUUCUCAACUGGCGUCGAGUUCCGCGAAUCACGCUAUACAAUCUCGCCAAAGUGUGAUGAAAAGGUUCGUGAAGGAAUGGUCUUUAUCGUUCAAAUCUCAGUCGGCGAUCUGAAGAAUUCUGGUGUGAAAGAUGAACAGGCAAAGAAAGUUGCUAUCUCAAUUGGAGACACGAUUCUCGUCUCUCCAACUGGUCCUGUGAAUCUCACUGAGAAAGCUCGCUCAAAAUUGAAAUCGAUGGUAAUUCGGAUCAAAGAAGAAGAUGAGGAAGCUGAUGAACCAAUAAUGCCUGAGAAUCUUGGUCGUGGGAAAAGAAGCGUUGUCUUGACAGAACACACGAGAAACAAGCAAACGAAUGAAGAUCGUCGCAAAGAAAGACAAAAGGAAUUGUCCGAGAUUCUCAACAAGAAUGCGCAAGAGCGUUUAGCGCAAGAGUCUGGACAAUCUGAAAUCAAGAAAGCAAAAAAGUCGAAUGUUUCUUACAAGAACUAUGAGAAAUUCCCGCAAGAUGAAGAAAUUGAUACAUUGAUGAUUCAUGUCGAUCGUCGCCAUGAUUCGGUAAUUCUCCCAUUGUUCGGAGUGCCUGUACCAUUUCAUAUUUCGAUGAUUAAGAAUUGCUCUACGUCGAUUGAGAGCGACACAAUGUACCUUCGAAUCAACUUUGCACAUCCUGGUGGAAAUGUUGGAAAGGAGAACGUUCAAUUCCCCCAUCCACUCGCCACUUACAUCAAAGAGUUGUCAUUCCGAGCAACCACGUUGAAAGAUCAUGGACAGACAUCGGCUCCGUCAAACAAUUUAACCAAUGCUUUCCGUUUAAUCAAGGAGAUGCAGAAGAAAUUCAGAACCGAGGAGGCUGAAGAACGAGAAAAAGAGGGUGCCGUGAAACAAGAUAAACUCAUCAUUCAAGCAAACAAAGUGAAUCCAAAGUUGAAAGAUUUGUAUGUGCGGCCGAAUAUCUUCGCUAAACGAAUCUCUGGAUCACUGGAGGCACACACGAACGGUUUUCGAUACACAUCGCUGCGUGGUGACAAGAUCGAUGUGCUUUAUAACAACAUACGCCAUGCGUUCUUCCAGCCAUGUGACAACGAGAUGAUCAUUCUCCUUCACUUUCAUCUCAAAAACCCAGUUCUUUGGGGAAAAAAGAAAUACGCCGACAUUCAAUUCUACACUGAAGUUGGAGAAAUCACCACCGAUUUAGGGAAAUAUCAUCACAUGCAAGAUCGUGAUGAUGUGGCUUCCGAACAAAUGGAACGCGAAAUGCGUCGAAAGCUCAACCAAACUUUCCAAGCCUUUUGCGACAAAGUGCUGAAGCCAACCUCAUCAUGUCUUGUGCAUCUCACCGAGCCACCCGUCUUCGUCGUCACACUGGAUGACGUUGAACUAGUUCACUUUGAGCGUGUUUCCUUCCAGCUGAAGAACUUCGAUUUAGUCUUUAUUUUCAAGGAUUAUCGCCGAAAAACUCAAAUGAUUCAACAAAUUCCGAUGACCUCGCUGGACAGUGUAAAGGAGUGGCUGAAUUCAUGCGAUCUAAAGUACACUGAAGGCAUACAAUCACUCAAUUGGCCAAAAAUUAUGAAGACGAUCGUUGAUGAUCCUGUGGAGUUUUUCCAAAGCGGUGGCUGGAGUUUUCUCGAUCCAAACUCUGACGAAGAAGGUGAAAAUAUGGAAGAUGAAAGUGGUGAGAGUGAUGCCUACACUAUAUCGGAAGAGGAAUCUGAAUCCGGUUCUGAUGAGGAUGAGGACGAGUCAGAAGGCGAGAUGACCGAAGAUGAGGGAAGUGACAGUGACGCGUCGUUGGAUUCGGAUGAAAGCGAGGGAAAGGACUGGUCGGAUUUGGAAGAAGAGGCUCGAAAAGCGGACAAGCGGAAAGAUUUCGAGGAGAUACAAGAAGGUGGACGUGUUGGUGGAGGGCAAUCGUCAUCCCGUCAUAAAGAAAACCAUGGACGGGAUCGGGAUCGAGAUCGAGAUCGAGAUCGCCACAGAAGAGACAAUCGGGGAUCGCCAAAGAAGAGACACGGCGGGAAAGAUCACCGCAGUGCACCACCAUUUAAGAAGCGCAAG